AUAAGAGCAGUCUCGUUGUAUGUGUGGAUCCAAGGUUCGGAAGCCUCAGUGAUAUAGCUAGCAAAUAAUUAAGCUACUUAUUUCAGUCAAUCGAUGGCGAUUGUGUAUCCUUCUCCACCUCAGAAGGACCGCCCCCUUCACUUGGACGUCGCAAACUCUAGAGAUGCUCCACCAGCACACUACAUAUUUAAGAUUCGGUCAUUUUCUUUACUUUCGAAGGCUUCAGUUGAGAAAUAUGACUCCGACGUUUUUGAAGUGGGAGGCUACAAAUGGAAGUUGUCUCUCUAUCCAGAUGGGAACAAGGUCGGAAAUGGAAGUGAUCACAUCUCCCUAUACUUGGUAUUGGCAGACAGCAGUUUGCUUCAGGCAGGUUCGGAGGUGAAUGCCACUUUCAGUUUGUUUCUAUUUGAUCAGCUUCAGGACAAGUAUCUGACUUUCCAAGAGAGGAGAGUGAGGCGCUUUUAUGCAAUGAGAACGGAAUGGGGUAUUGCCAGAUUCAUCGACCUUAAAACCUUCAAGGACCCGAAUAAUGGAUACCUUGUUAGUGAUACUUGUGUGUUUGGAGCUGAGAUUUUCAUCAUCAAAAAUGAGGCGAGAGGCGUGUGUUUGUCUAUGGAAGAGGGAGCUGUUGCUUGUACCCACACUUGGAAGAUGGAAAAAUUUUCAGGGAUUGAUACGGAACGCUUGGAUUCUGAGGCAUUCCUAGCAGGAGAUUAUAAAUGGAAGAUUAGGCUCUAUCCUAAGGGAAUUGGCGAUGGCAAAGGCAAUAGUAUUUCUCUGUUUCUAGCUUUAGCUGAUUCUACUACUCUUCCUCCUGACACCAAAGUCUACACCAAAUUGGCCAUGCGUAUCAUGGACCAAGCCAGCGGCGCACAUUCCCAAGAAGAAACUUAUCAUCUAUUCAGUCCUUCGGUCUCGGUUUGGGGCUGGCCCAACUUCAUGACACUCGCUAAGCUCAAUGACCAAUCAACCAAAUCUUUUCUUCGGAAUGGUAGUUGUAUCUUCCAAGCAGAGGUUACAGUCCUUGGAUCGGUCUCUAAAUUGGCAUAAAGGUCAAUUAGAAUUCAGUGUUUGAUGUUAAUUGAAGAUGGUCUCUGCUAGCGAAAAGCAGAGGAUAUAUAGAAACAGAGUGUUAUGUAUAGUUGGUGAACGGAGUGAUAUCUUGGUUCACCGGCAACCAAGAUUUACUGUAAAUGUUGCUUAAUAAACCCUCUAAGUCAUCCUUUUCAA